UGGCCGUUUGUGGUGUAAAAAGUUAGUUUUCCUUUACAAAUUAGCGUUAAAACAACAUAAAUGACUAAAAACUAUUAAUUAUCGAGUACUUGUACAAUUUCAUCAUCGCUUAAACUGAUUGACACUGACAGCAUCCCUACAUUUCCGGAAUUUCUUGGAUAGGGACCUCCCUUUUUAACCAGAUACUGUGCAUCCGAAUGACAAUAGAUAAAUUUCAAUGGAAUGCUAUUUAUUUAAAAUAUUGGAUAUCCAAUAUUCCCAGAGACCACCAAUUUAGGACUCCAAAGCUAAAAAAAUCCUUAAACAGACUGUACUUGAGUGGAGUUACUCCUGUGGUAGACCUGGGAAAAGAUGGCGCUGUGCAAGAUUCCUGACACAGGUGGCAUAGACUACAAUCUUCUCUCAUCCAUUGUACACAACUGUGUCCAGGAAGACAAGCUGAGUAAACUUCGAGCAACGUUAUCUAAGCGGACACGGGAACAGCGCCGGCAAAUUGUAAACCAGAAGGUGAAUGGAAACACCCCGCUGUUUACUGCCUGUCAGCAAGGCAAGGUGCACUUUGUCAACUACCUGCUGGAUGACUGUGGAGCUGAUAUUGAGAUUAAAGGAAUCUACGAGGUCCAGGAGGAGCAAACCCGGCAUGAGGUUACGCCUCUGUGGUGUGCCGCAGUUGCAAAUAAGCUGGACAUCGUCCAAACCCUGGUACGCCAUGGGGCCAACCUUAACACACCCUCGGAUACCGAGUCCACGCCCAUACGUUCGGCAUGUUUCAUGACGAACAUACCCGUGAUUAAGUUCCUUGUUGAACAUGGAGCUGAUAUACACAAGCCGAAUGUGAAUGGUGGAACAUGUCUGAUCAAUGCUGUCCAAAGUGCUCAUUUAUGUAUGUUUCUGAUUAACAAAGGUGCUGAUGUUAAUGCUGUAGAUAAUUCCAAGAACACCGCGCUUCAUUAUGCUAUACGGGAGGGAGUUGUUGAGUCUGUGAAGGUGUUAUUGAAGCGUAAAGCUAAUCCCAGUAUGAAAAAUGAUAUGGGAGAUGAUGCUUUGCAGUCAGCGGCUUCGAGAGGGAAUGUAGAAAUUAUAGACAUUAUUGCCAGCAUGGUUGGUAUGAGACUUGAGGACAAAAUUAAUGCUUAUGAGUUAGCUGGUGCUUGUCACUUAGAUGAAAAAAAUGACAUGGCUUCUGCAUUGAAACUCUGGAGAAAAGCGAUGGAAAUGAGAUACAGUGAUAAAAAUAGUCUGGUGUUAAAGGUCUUACCAUCUGAGAAAAAGAAAGUGUACAAUUUCGCCAAAGAGCCAGAAAAUAUGAAAGAGCUUGAAGCUCUGGCUGAUCCUGAAGAAAUAUACAUGCAGACAUUGUUGAUACGGGAGAGAAUUCUUGGUCCCAAUCACAAGGAUGCGGUGUUUGGUUUGAUGUAUCGUGGGGCGGUGUAUGCUGAUUCCCACAGGUAUCAGAGGUGUGCAGACUUGUGGAAAUAUGCUUACACCCUUAGAUACAAGCAAGAUGAACCUCUCAACCAUGACUGUCUCUUCACUGUUCAGGCUCUUGUGAAAUUUUUCUGGGAGGUUCAGAUGGAGCAAGACAACAACAACACUGAUGAAAAGAUACAGUUUUACGAUGCACUUGAUGUGAUAGAAAUUUUAACAGACCAGAUCCUCGCUGCUAAGGAUUAUGUUGCCAAAAGUGCCACAAAAUCAGAGGAUCAAAAUACCUUGUCAGAGUUUCAGCUCCUUCUUCAGCUUUACCUUCACAUGAUUCACCUGUUUACUCGCCUUGAAUGCAAUCAAGAAGAAAAAUACAAGUUUAUGACAUUUGUACACCGGAUGGUUCAGGAGGACCCUCACUGUGGUAAUGGACAGACGCUCCUACAUCUCGCUGUCGACCCAAUGAUUUCCCUCACAGGAGAUGAGUUUUACUCUAACUUUCCCUCCUUAGAUGUUAUCCAGGUCUUGGUAACAUGUGGGGCAAGAGUUAAUGCUCAGUGUGAAAAGGGAAAUACUCCAUUGCUUGAUUGUGCUAAGCGCCAUUUUGAAGUUGGCACAAGAUUCGACGAUAACGAAAUCAGCAUUAUACAGUUCCUGAUAAAUGUCGGGUCUCACGUGGAUAUCAUGAAUGAGGAAGGCCUAACUGCUAACAGGUUUCUGGCCAAGUCAACAGAGUUAAGCCACAGCUCAAUGAAAUACUUAUCCCUUAAAUGUUUGGCCUCGACAGAGAUAAUGAAACAAGGCAUACCGUUUGAGAAUGAAAUCCCAUUUUCCCUUGUAACUUUUGUGAAAUUACAUGGGAAAAAAUGUUGACAUUGUGAUGGCCUUAAAUCUUAACCCUUGUAAUCAGUUAUUUUUAAAGUUCUGUGGUAAACUGUUACUUGUAUAAAAGCAAUUUAAUAAGAUAAAAAAAUGAUAUGGAAAAGAACGUAGCUAUCUUCAUCAUUCACUUUCUCAUCAAAGAAAGAUAACUGCAUGUUUUUGAGAAAAAAAAAUGAUAGCAAGGAUCUUUGAAGGAAAAAAGAAGAAAUGCCCCCAGUAUUUCUUAGGUUUCUUAAUUUCAAUAUGCAAUUUUAUUUAAACGAGGUAUAAUUUUAAUUGAUAAAAUCGUCAAAAUAAAGACUUGAUUGAACAAACCCAAUUCUAACUCUGGUGUGUUGCAUCAUUUUAUUUAACAAGCCCGGCUUUUUAAAAUCUGGAUUUUGAACAACCCCGAAAAGCAUUCCACAAGUGCAGGACUUGUGGCUGUUGUGGGCUUGUGAUUUUUUGAUUACUGACUAUUCUAUCAAAUUUAUAUCUUAAUAAUACUUCAAAAUUAUAACGGUAAUGCUCUUUUGUGUUCUGAAAAUAUCCUUUGUCUUAAGUUCAUAUGAUGAACAAUUAUUUGAGGAUUUCUUGGAUUUGUAUGGUUCUUAUGUUUGAGUAAAGUCUAAAAUAAAUUCACAAUGGAGAGAUUGUUAAAAUAAAUCACAAGGCUCUGAUUUCUUGAAAUAUCUUGUGCGUAACAGGUUUAAGUAUCGUAUUUUAGGCAAAAUAUUUUCGUAAUCCUCAUUUCAUAAACCAAAAUAGCUCAUCAUGAUUAUCAUAAGAACUUUUCCUUUACAAGUCUAAACUCUGUAAAUAGAGGAAAAUACACAUGUUAAUACCAACACAAAAAUAGCCAGCUUAGCUUGAUUCUGUUUUAAGGGACUUAAAAUUGUUCAGAAAUUUGGGGCUAUGAUAGCUUUUAUAAUUAUAAAAGUCCUGGAGUGAAUGCUGUGAAUGUACCACUAUUGUGUUGUGAAUCAGGUCAUAUAUUACAAGUACAUGUAGAGAAUGGAACUAAUCAUUAAUCAAAGCUCAUCGCACACCCUCACUUGCCUUUAGUCAUCCAUGUUUGUAAGACAUAAUUUCUUUUCAGAAACUUAUAAGAAGCAUAUGCUGUAAAAAUUCAGUUUCAUACCCAUGUUCCUGCAUAACAUACUUUUUACAUGAAAUUGUAUAAUUGGUAAACAGAUUUCAGUAUAAUUUUUACAUUUUUGAAGUCAACAGCCAAGACUAUUGCCUGUUUCUUUUGUUCCUGCUUUAGUCUGCUUUUAUCUAUGUCAUAAAAGUGUAACUGUUUCAUGUUUCAUUCCAUUUGUUAGCUGAUACAAUCUGUGUUAAUAUCAUGAAAUAAA